AGUCGUCGGUGCCAGAGGUGAUUCUGCUUUCUGUUUUCUGUUUCUCAAGUGCGGUCCGUCGGUACCCCCUCAAAUAAUACAAAAAAAGACAACUCCUACUCGCCAAAAUGAAGAAGUUUCUCGUGGUGUUCGUGGCAUUAUUCGGAGCCGCUGUGGCCCAAAGUAGCUUUAAAUGCCCCGAUGACUUCGGGUUCUAUCCCCACGAUACGUCGUGCGACAAAUACUGGAAGUGUGACAACGGCGUCUCCGAUCUGAAGACCUGCGGCAAUGGCCUGGCCUUCGAUGCCACAGACUCGAAAUACCUUACCGAGAACUGCGACUAUCUGCACAACGUCGACUGCGGUGAUCGCACAGAGCUGGAGCCCCCAAUCACCACUCCCCACUGCUCCCGCCUGUACGGCAUCUUCCCCGACGAGAACAAGUGUGACGUGUUCUGGAACUGCUGGAAUGGCGAGCCCUCCAGAUACCAGUGCUCCCCCGGACUGGCCUACGAUCGUGAUGCUCGCGUGUGCAUGUGGGCUGACCAGGUGCCCGAGUGCAAGAACGAAGAGGUGGCCAAUGGAUUCUCCUGCCCUGCGGCCGGUGAGCUGGCCAACGCCGGUUCCUUCUCGCGUCACGCCCACCCUGAGGACUGCCGCAAAUACUACAUCUGCCUGGAGGGCGUGGCCCGCGAGUACGGAUGCCCCAUCGGCACUGUGUUCAAGAUUGGUGACAGUGACGGCACUGGCAACUGCGAGGAUCCCGAGGAUGUUCCCGGAUGCGAAGACUACUACGGCGAUCUGGAUUUGAAGAGCAUCCGCAAGAGCGAGCUUCUAGCUGGAUUGAACAGUGAAGGCCGCACUAAGGGCGCGCCCAAAACCAAAGCUGCCUCCUCCUCCUCCUCAUAAACAUAAUAAUUACAACUACAACUACAACUACAACAACAACCUACAACUUUAACAACAAUAACUAAAGAACAACAACAACAACAAUACAACAAGAUCAAUCAACUCAGAACCCUACUUCCCAUCCUGCCAAUACUUUCCCUCACAUCACAAAAAGAAAAGAAGAACAAAUGAAAAACAAAACAAGAAAAAUGAGAGAAUACUCAGCCAGCCACAAAUCCUAAUUCGAAUUCGCAUAAAAAACUCUUUUCCUGCCAUUCUUCUCAGUUGACCUCUGUGUUUCUAAUUUAUAAAUCUCCCUCUUUCGUCUUUCACCUGAGUGAAACUAUUGCUCUGUCUCUUCAUGUUUCUUUUUUCAUUAAAUGUUGAGCAAACAAAUUUAAAGACAUCCAAAUUGCCCUGAAAAAUUUAGGCUCGAAGGCAAAGACACAAAAUUUUGUAAAGGAAAAUAAAGAAGAACGUCGAGGAAAGAAGCGGAAAGCGUUCAAAAUGAAGCGUAAAAUUUAGAGAUUUGUACAUUUUAAGUGAUCCUUGUUUAUAAGCUUAUAAUUUUAUUUUAUACAUAAAAACGAAAAACAAAAAAAUAUAUUAAAAAACAAAAACAA